AUGAUAUAAUUCUAGAAAUAAUAAUUAGAAUAAAAUUAAAUUAAAGUUGAUUAUGAUAUUUGGGAGCUGUUUAAUAUUGUUAAGAAUAUUUUGAAUUACCUAAUUUAAGAGAAAAUAAGAGAUAGCAAAGAUAUCUGUUAAAAUUGGAAAUUCCAUAGAAAUAAUUUUAUGAAUAUCAAAUCUCAUAAAAUAGUAAGCCAUAGAAUUCUUAGGGAUAAGAAGAUUUAUUUUAUGGCAUUUGGUUAUAACAUUAUUAUAAAUGUUAAGCAACUUAAUCGGCAGGUAAAACAUAAAUUGUAGAGAAUACAGAAAUAGAGUCAAGAAUAAUGCCAAAAAAAUUUAUAGCUGUUUUUAGUAUUCUAAUUUCAAGAUUGUUUCCAAAAGAGAAUCAACAUUCCUUAUGAAGAACACUGAA